UCUUUUAUUUUCAGAUACACCAACACAAAUGGAUAAUCUUCCUACAGAAAUACUCGCUUCGAUCCUUGCAUUUAUACCCGUAAAAUCGCUUAUCCGCUUCAAAUGUGUUUCGAAAACAUGGUAUUCUGUCAUCUCCAGCCCUUAUUUCAGCAACCUUCACCUCAAACAUUCUAUUUCCCCUGAUCGCCUUCUCAUUCUUAAUCGCGGGUGCUUUCUUAAACCCGGGUAUAUAGACCCUAAUCACGGAAAUCACCCCUCGAGUUUUGUGCCCUUGUUCUUAGACAACUCAGAUAACUUUGGUGAUGAUGCAGGCACCACAUUCUCGUUACCACCUCAAUCCAACCGUGUUAACGUUCAAUUGUGUGGCUCUUGCAAUGGUCUUAUUGCAACAGUUCAAAAAACUGUUAGUGAUUCUAUCUGUUUUCUUACCGGUAGCUUCUUAUACGAGGUUAUUUUGUGGAAUCCUAUGAUAGUUAACAGUUACUACAAACUCCCAAGUGCUGAUUUGCCUGUUGGGAUUGUAAGUAGUGUUAGUUUCGGGUUUGGCUUUGAUAGCAUUACUAGUGAUUACAAAGUCAUUAGGAUUGUCGACUUUAAGGUUCGUCAUCUGGUUGGGACUCGUCUAAGUUGUUGUUUUUCUUUAUGUAAGAGACAAGUUAUGGUUUAUAGCUUGAAACGGGGAAGUUGGGGAGUUCCUAAAGAAGAGUUUUGCGAUGAUAGGCUUGCGUUAUUGCAUAAGCGUGGUGAACUCGUUAACAACAUAGUUCAUUGGAUUUUCUACGAUGAUAAAAAUGGCGUACAUAGGCUUCGAGGCUUUAAUCUUUGCUCAGAGCAAUGGACCGGUUUAUUGCCUUUGCCCGAUUUCAAGGGAAACACAAGGAAGUGUGAAAAUGUCAAAGAUUUAGGUGUUUUGGGUGGAUGUUUAUGUUUUGUGGUUCGCCCUGAUGAAUUCAAUACCGUUAAUGUGUGGAUUAUGAAGGAGUACGAAGUUAAGAAGUCUUGGUCUAAACUAUUUUCUUUGUCGGAAAUGGAUGUUAUUGGACCGUUAUGCUCUUCUCCUAUAGCUUAUUCUACCGGAGGGGAUGAAGUUAUAGUGAGAAACGAAAGGGAUUCAUGCGGUUUGAUCUGGUUUAAUUUGAAAGAUAAGACUUUCAAAUCUAUCGAUCAUGUUGGUGCUUCCCUUGAUAUUAUUAUUUGUAAUGGAAGCCUUGUUCCCCUUCCUAAAAUAGAUGGAUUGACCGGAGAUGAUUAAUUUCCAAAUAUGGAAACUCAAUUAAGUAUCGUCCUUAAUUUGGGUAGUAUCAUCAUAGAAAAUCCACUAUUUCUGAGCUCUCCGCAAUCAGCAUUCAAUAGUAAAGGGAUCUUGGCCAGUGUACUAUGGUUUUUGUUUUUUAUGGAUUGUUUGGUUGGUAUAACGAUUUCAACUUAAAAUCAACCAAGAAUUUAACACACACGAUAUAAACUUUAUUCAAAUUUGACAUAACCUAUUAUGAGUUUUAUUUCACCAUAAUAUGACCCAUUGUAAAACUAAAAAAUGAUCUGAAAUAACCAAAAGUCAAUAUUUUCCGAAUAAACUUAAACACGAACAUGAUACAAAUUCUGAAGUCUAUCUAAAAACAAAAUAACCUAACUUAAUGAUUACUCAGAACUCAAAAAUGACCCAAAUUCAAAAUAACUUGACUCAAAGUUUUACCGAACUCGAUUAAAUCCGUUGUACAAACUUCUUCAACCUGAACCGCAUUAACUUAACUCAAUAUAAGCCCGACCUCAAACCAAAUCUGGCUCGAUAUGGUAUUGUUCUGAAGAUUCACAAUCGAUUUGACCAAUAUCAAACAUGUUGAGCAACAGCGGAAGCAAGAAUUGAAAACAAUAAAGACAAAACAAAGAAAUUCAAAGCAAACAAUAAGAAAAAACACACCAAGAAUUAUCGUGGUUUACCAUCAAUGUGAUAGCUACGUCCACUGGCACUAAAAUUAAAUGAUUUCACUAUAAACCGCUAACAAUUACACAAAUAAAUCAAGUUUUUCUCUCAAAAAUGGAUUACUUUGUCUCUUGUACUCUUUGUGAAACUCUAGGCCUAGUGAAGGAGGGUUUAUAUACUAAUCUCCCCCCCCCCCAAAAGAAGAAAAAGAAACUUGGGCUUCAAGGAAGUAAGCCAAAACAAGUGAAGAAAACUGGUCCCGUAGAAUCCACAACAGGAGCUGAGUCAGCUGACCUCAAGCUCCCACAGCCGUGCCAUCGAGUUGGCUGUCCACAACUCCAUAGACGCCGACUCGGCGAUUUGCACUGUGUACAUAGCUUCAUUCCAGCCCCUAGCGAAAAAUCGGCUUCACUACUACCAUCACCAACGCCUACUCGCCGUUGGCUACUGUCUCCAAC